AUGGAGGGUGGUGAGAACAAAUACAGAGCUGAGAAUGCGGCGUUUGAACUGGUCCAGGAAUCUCAAAGAGAUUUCAUCGCCUUAUUCCCUGCUCUUUCACAAAGCCUAAAUAAUGAAGAACAUCCUCACGUACUCACCUGCUGCUGCCGCUGGCGCGCGCUGGCUAAGACUCACUGGCACCGCCGCGUGACGACCGCAGCGUUUGAGGUUGCAGUGACGAUAGCAGCAGAAGGAGGAGGAGGAAAAGGUAGUGGUGGAAGUUGCCGUGAAGGCUGCGACCCUGAUGUUGACGGAUGCGGCAAAGCCCGAAUAUCGGCACUGGUGCAUACUAGUACAAAUGGAAAUGUGGGAAUGACAAUGAUGAAGGCUGUGUUGUUGACGGUACAUAAAGGAAGCCAUGGCUACGGCUGCGGUGGUAAUAACGCUGGAGAUGACAGAGCAGGUUAUGGUAAAGGAGGCGAUGGUAGUGAUUGUGCUAGUUUGUAG